AUGUCGGUAAAAAAUCGUACGGCACCCGGUCCCGACAGAAUAAGACCAGAACACCUGAAGAGCCUUCCGCCAGUACUCAUCAACACCUUGGCGAGGCUCUUUACACGUUAUCUGUCGGAAUGCAAGGUUCCUAAGCAGAGGAAGACCAGCAAGACCGUGUUGUUGUAUAAAAAGGGAGAUGCACAUGACAUCGGCAACUAUCGUCCAAUCUGCCUACUGUCUGUCAUCUACAAGCUCUUUACAAGAGUGAUUCUUAAUAGGAUUGAAAAAGUCUUGGAUGAAGGACAGCCAUGCGAGCAAGCAGGGUUUCGAAAAGGAUUCAGCACGAUUGACCACAUUCACACUGUUUCGAAACUCACCGAGGUAUCACGAGAGUACAAGAUGCCGCUCUGUCUCACCUUCAUCGACUUGAAGAAGGCCUUCGACUCAGUUGAGAUGGAAGCGGUCGUGGAAGCCUUGGACAACCAAGGCGUCCCUACUCAGUACAUAAAGGUACUUCGACAGUUGUAUAGUAACUUCACGACCGGAAUUUCGCCAUUCUACAAGAACAUCAUCAUUGACGUGAAGAGGGGAGUCCGACAGGGUGAUACAAUUUCACCCAAAAUAUUCACAGCCACCCUCGAGAACGCAAUGAGAAAGUUGGAAUGGGACGACAUGGGAGUGAAUGUUGAUGGUCGGCAGCUACACCAUUUGCGCUUUGCUGAUGACAUCGUACUGAUAACAUCCAGCAUCAGCCAAGCGGAACGAAUACUGACCGAAUUCGACGAAACAUGUGGAUGCAUCGGUCUUCAGCUGAAUCUGCAAAAGACGAUGUUCAUGCGCAACGGAUGGGUCUCGGAUGUCCCAUUCACGCUCAACGGAACGAACAUAUCCGAAUGCACCAGCUACGUUUAUCUGGGUCGGGAACCGAACAUGAUGAACGACCUGACCCCCGAACUGGGCAAGAGGAGAAGAGCGGCUUGGGGAGCGUACAAGAGCAUCGAGGAUGUAGUGAAGAAGACCAGGAACACCCGGGGAACGGUAAAGAGGGUUCCGGCGGAUUCUCCGCGAAUGCCUCCGAGACAUAACGUGCCCAGUGGAUAUGCCGGCGGAUACGCGAACAUAUCUCGACGAGGUCACGCUCCAGUCGUUCAUGAAGACGCAGACAACCGCCAUAGAUGUCCUUCCUACCACAGAGACGCAGAAAACUGCGCAGUUACAAGGAAAUAUGUAAAGAAGAGUGGUGUGAGCUGUCGAAUUGACCGAAUAAGUCGAAAAAUAAUAGUGUUAGAUAGAAGUACAUGGGAUUUGUAUGGUGUUCUAAUAAAGAAAGGGAAUAUGUUUGCCUUUAUAUCUCCUUCAGAAAGUCUAGAAAUCUUACCAAAUUUGAACUCUUUCUCUUCCUGUAAGUUCCAAGAAGUCAGAGAUGCAGAAGUUCAGGAAUAA